AAUUUCUAAAAAGUAUUUCUUUAAUAUAUUAAUUUAUUCUUUUUGUCAAACACAACAACAUGCCGCUCAUUAAACGAAAACUAACAAACAAAUCUAUAAUAGAAAAAUGCAAGGCAUUAAAAGACAUUGAGACAAGGAUCUCUAACAAAGAGGUUGCCAAAAAGUAUGGAGUCCAAAAGAACACAUUAUCAACCUGGGUUAAAAAUAAGACCAAGUUAUUAAACUCACUGGAAAAAAAUGGCACAAAAUCUAAAUGGAAGAAACUUCGUAGUGGUAAUUUCGAAAAUGUAGAGAAGGCCAUAUACACGUGGUUCGUUGCAAAAAGAAGUCAACAAGUACCAAUUGAUGGUACCAUACUAAAAGAAAAGGCACUAAAAUUCGCAGAACCAUUAGGAGAGUUGGAUUUUAAAGCACCUGAUUGUUGGUUUCAUAAUUGGAAAGAAAGGAGCGGCAUCAGCUUUAAAAUGAUCUCAGGUGAAAGUGCCGCCAUGACGAAUAAUAUGACUGCUUCGUGGAAUGAAACUACACUUCCAACAUUGCUUUUUUAAUUUCAAACUUGAAAACAUUUUCUAUGCCAAUGACUUUGGACUAUUUUACCAGUGCCUACCAAACAAAACAUACCAUUUAUCACGAGAAAAAUGUAUUUGGGGAAAAAAUAGUAAAGUCAGACUAACAGGCAUAGCAGCAGGGAGUGCAUCCGGAGAAAAAUUACCUAUGUUUGUUAUUGGAAAAUCUAAAAUCCCAUGGUGUUUUAAGCACAUUAAACAACUUCCUUGCACAUAUAAAAAUCAGCUAAAAAGUUGAAUGACCUUGACUAAUUUUUUUGUGCUCAAGACAGGAAAGUAGCACUCCUGGUAGAUAACUGUUCUGCCCACCCACGCAUUGAAGGGCUAAGCAAUAUCAACCUAAUAUCCCCCCCCCCCCCUAACACCACAUCUGUCCUUCAGCCUAUGGAUCAAGGCGUAUGAAGUCUUAAAGCUCAUUAUCGUCACAAAAUUGUGCGCUUGUGUAUUAAGGCUGUCGAUAAUAACGAACCCAUGCCAAAAAUUUCUAUACUUCAAUCAAUAAAAGAUCUUGUUUCUUCAUGGAAUCCUGUGUCGAAAGAGACUGUCAUCAACUGCUUCAAAAAACCUGGUAUCAGCAAAACAAACAAGAGUAUUGAAGAAGCUGAUGAUGAUCAUCCUUUUAAAUUUUUGACAGAAGAACUUAAUCGUUUGUGAGUUAUAUCCUUGUGCCGUCCAAGAAGAUCUCUCAGCGGAAUCUUACAUUGGUUUAGAUUGUGAUUUAGUAACCGUCGGUUCACCUGCUACUGAUGCUGAAAUCAUUGCUCAGAUUUUAGACCCUAACUUUGAAAACUACAAUAAUGAAGUUGAAGAUAGCGUUAAUGAAGGUAUUGACGUUGAAGCCCCGUCAUGCCCAUCUGAUAUUCAAUUAGAAAUUACUUUUGAAAUGAUUCAAAAUGCUUCGCUAUACAGCUCAAAAUACGAAAAUGAAAUACAAUCCCUAGUACUUAAACUUGAGGAUUUAAUGAAGAUGGAAAAGGUGGAUAAUUUGAAGCAAUAUCAGGUAUCAGAUUUUUCCCAAAAGUUGUAGGUUUUAUUUUUAAUGAUUUUUGUCAGAAAAAUAACUUGUUUUAAUGAAAGUCGGGCAAUUUUAUUUAUUUUCAACCCUUUUCUUGAUAUCUCAAACUUUUUUUCCGGUCCCCAUUAGUGUUUGAGAUAUUGAGAAUUGACUGUAUGUAAAUAGAGGUUAUUCUAUUAUUAACAAUAAGCGAACUUUUUUGUUUAGUUAAACAUGUGGCGGGAGUGAUCGCUCCUGGUUCGUGCCAAGGCCUGAUAUAUAGGCCUCUGCGAGAGUAAAUGAGCGCGAGAGCAGAGAAAAGCUCUCCUAAAACAAACAUGGCGAGCCAUGAGAGUUGCUCCUCUAAACAGCUUCCUACGAGAGCUUUUGCUUUUUAUGUGAGCGCUCUGCUUAUUUAAUAAAAAUUUAUAAAAAAAUUAUUUGUUGCUUAUUUAUAAAAAAAUUGCUUAUUUAAAAAAAAAUUUUGGUUUAAUACUUGUUACAAGAAUAUAUACAUAACAAGUGUCAUUAUA